UCCGCCGGGCGCGUGAUGGACCUGCGGCACUUAUCGCAAAGUCAAGGCCGCGGGCACCCGCCCACUCAGUGCUUUGGCGGGCGUUGCCUCCCCAGCAAGGCCGGCCGCUGCUGUAUAUAUAUUGGCGCCGACGUCAGCCAGGCACCACAGGCAGCAGCCACACGCCCUUACACCACCAUGAAGGCCUUCGUUUGCUCUUUCCUCGUCGUCCUGCUGGUGGCGGCCGUGUUCGCCCAGGAGAAGGCCAAGGAGACCCUGAAGGGCGCCGAGGCCUACUACGCCUACGCCGCCCCCUACGCCUACAGCGCCUUUGGCUACCCCGCCGUCAGCGCCUACUCCGCCUACCCUUACGCUGCCGUCGGCUACCCCUACUACUACCGCUGAACACGCCUCACUGGGCUUAUGCAUCACACUUGAGAAGCCGUGCCUACUGUAUUUCAGAUCACCAGUGCCAUAAAUAAAUGUGUAUAUAGCAACAA